AUGCCCAAGGCCCGGCGGGCGCGGGGCUCCGGCCCGGCCCCGGCGCUGCCUUUGGCCGAGCAGAUCCUGCAGGACGCGGCCCCGCGGGCUCGGGGGAAGCGCGGGGGCGCCGGCGGGGCGGAGGAGCAGGGCGGUGAUGGCGGCGGGGACGAGUUCGUGGACGCGCGCUUGUCCCGGCGCAUCCUGGAGCAGGCUCGGCGGCAGCAGGAGGAGCUGGAGGCCGAGCACGGCCCCGGAGCGCCCGCAGCCCCCCGGCAAGGCAGCGUGCUUCUCGGUCCCGGCUCGGACUCGGAGGAUGAUGAGGAAUGGCCCUCGCUGGAGAAGGCGGCGGGGGCCGCGGGACGGAGCGGGGACUACGGUGGGGAGGUGGACGUGGAGGUGGACCCCGAGGACGAGAAAGCCAUCGAGAUGUUCAUGAACAAGAACCCGCCGCUGAGGCGCACCCUGGCCGAUGUCAUCAUGGAGAAAAUCACAGAGAAGCAGACGGAGGUGGAGACGGCGCUGUCGGAGCUCUCCGGCUGCCCCAUGCCCCAGCUCGAUCCCCGUGUCCUGGAGGUCUACAGGGGUGUCAGGGAGGUGCUGUCCAAGUACAGGAGUGGGAAACUCCCCAAGGCGUUUAAAAUCAUUCCUGCCUUGUCCAACUGGGAGCAGAUCCUCUACAUCACUGAGCCAGAGACGUGGACGGCUGCUGCCAUGUACCAGGCCACCAGGAUAUUUUCCUCCAACCUGAAGGAGAGGAUGGCCCAGCGGUUCUACAACCUGGUGCUGCUGCCGCGGAUCCGGGAUGACAUCGCCGAGUACAAGCGGCUCAACUUCCAUCUGUAUAUGGCUCUGAAGAAGGCUCUGUUCAAGCCAGCGGCCUGGUUCAAGGGGAUCCUCAUCCCGCUGUGUGAGUCCGGCACGUGCACGCUCAGGGAGGCCAUCAUCAUCGGCAGCAUCCUCACCAAGUGCUCCAUCCCCGUCCUGCACUCCAGCGCGGCGCUGCUGAAGCUGGCUGAGAUGCAGUACAGCGGUGCCAACAGCGUCUUCCUGCGCCUGCUCAUUGACAAGAAGUACGCGCUGCCCUUCCGCGUGCUCGACGCCCUGGUCUUCCACUUCCUGGCCUUCCGCACAGACCAGCGGCUCUUGCCCGUGCUGUGGCACCAGAGCUUCCUGGCCCUGGCCCAGCGCUACAAGGAGGACCUGUCCUCGGAGCAGAAGGAGGCUCUGCUGGAGCUGCUCAAGUUCCACAGCCACCCGCAGAUCUCCCCCGAGAUCCGCCGCGAGCUGAUGAACUCCAAGACGAGGGACGUGGAAGAGGAGCGGCCUAUGGUCAUGGAAUGAGCAGAGAAAGGCCUGCCUGUGGGAUGCUGCUGGAUGAGCUGGGAGUCUGGAUCAGGAGCAUCCUGCCUGGAUCCCGCUGCUCCAAGCGGUCACUGGAAACAGACUGUGCCCACAGCACUGGACUGAGAGCCCUGUGCUGCUGUCACGGGGCAAGGCAGCCCAUCCCACCCAGGAGCCCGGUGCCACCAGCACUGGGACACUUUGGCUUGUUUCUGUAUUUGGAAAUAAAACCAGACCUGUGUCAGUCA